UCCCAGUAACUCGAUGGGUCGGACUCCUCCUCGACAGCCCGGCAGCCGCAGCAGUCCGCUGACCUCGCCCACCAACUGCUCCCACGGAGGACUCUCCCCCAGCAUGCUGGAGUACGACAGCGAGAACCUGAACUCAGAGGAGAUCUACAGCUCCCUGCGCGGCGUCACCGAGGCCAUCCAGAACUUCAGCUUCCGCAGCCAAGAGGACCUGAUGGAGCCGCUGAGGAGGGACGGCAAGAGGGACGGCACGUCCGGGGUCGGGUCGUCCUCGGACUCCGACCCGGUGGAGGGCGGACGCACGGCUCUGGACAACAAGACGUCUCUGCUGAACACUCCCUCGCCUCGAUCCUUUGCCGGCCCGCGUUUCCGUGACUACAAUCCAUACAACUACACGGACGGCAUCAGCACGCUGGACAAAGCCGCCCUGAAGGAGGCGCUGUACGAGGACGCCGUGGAGCAGCUGCGAGAUG